GGUAUUUAAACCAAUGCGAGAAAGAACGAACGCAUCUCUUCUUUAACUCAGAUCUCAUUACCACCCCUUUCCGACACUCUCCGCCUGCGCAACUUCCGAGCGAAGGUCCGAGAAGAUGGAGCAACAACCUCUAUCAGUGGUCCGCCACAACAACGAAGACGAUGACGAAUUCUAUGAGAACAUCGAAGCCCCCAAGUUUGUGGAUUUCACUGUACCUGAUCUAUCACGCCCGGACGAUCGUUUCUGGUUUUGUUUGCGUGUUGGAUGUGAUCAAAACCAUGAGGAAGACCUGGAUCCCGAUACCCUUUACAGAAAUUUUGUGCUUCGGGUCAUGGCAGCAAGAAGCCCCAACUUGAAACUGCAAAAGGCAUUAAAUAGACAAGCUCCACGUGCAAAUGCGAAAYGCCCUCUUUCAGCACCAGCAAAAUCUUACAAGAGUAGAAUAUCAAGAUUGGCCGCAAUUACAUCUGUUUCUCAAAGGAUGGCUGAUACCAAAUUGAAAAUUCAUCCAAUUUACAAGCUUAAUUCGACUCCAAAUGUGAAGGCAAAGCAAUCUUCAAUUGCUACAAAAGCUUUGACUACUCCUAGGCACAAAAAAUGCCUCCCGAAACCAGAUUCUUUUCAUAGUGUUCAGAACCCAAAAAAGAGUGUUGCAGUUCCGAAGAGUAGAUUGGUUGCAAAGGCCUUGGUCUUCCAAACGCCAAAGAAAACCGAGAGAACUGGUACUUCAUUUCAGUCUCCUACUCCAAUGUCAGAGAUUUGUUCGGGGAUGAAGAAUCUUGCAUUAAGCAGUCAAAGAAAGCAUGCCUCGCCACAUUCAUGCGUAAUACCAUCAAGAUACAGGACAUACAAUCCUAAAAAAGCUUUACCCCCUUCAGAUCAAUCCAAAGCUCGAAGUGCCAGAAAAGUCAUAAGCCGAGAUAAGGUUUCAUCAGUUUAUCGAGAUUAUAAGGGGCAGCAAGCCAACAGUUCAAGAUUGAAAAGCCAAACCAAAGGAAAUUUACAAAAUAACCAUGAGCCUCUACCUCCAGAACAAGUUGAUAAUGACUCUAGUGAUAUGGAGAUAGAUGGGAAAUCAAGGGAUGGUUCUUUGGAGGUGUUCUCUCUAUCUGGUGGUUCUGGAAGUCAAGAAAGCAAUGUUCGUGAAGGGAACCUGACAAGUACAGAGAAUUCAGGAAACUCACGCUCAGCUGCUACAUGUUCUAUUCCAGAAGAAUUAGGUGGGACCUCGGAGAAAUCCCCAAUUAUGAAAAACCUACCUUUAGUGUUAACAAAUGCUCAAAGCUGUGAAGCAAGCUCCAUAUCAACUUCUGAGAAGGAUUUGAAACAGAAAGAUCCACCCCUUUCUCCAACUUUAAAGGCAAAGGGAGAAAGUGGACAUGAAGAAGUCAUCAUAAGAUGCAAACCCCAGGAUGGAAUGGACUCUGAAGAUCUUUCUAUACACCAAACUUCCAAUGGCGCAGGAGAUAAGGAGGCAGUAGAAAGUGAUGACAAAGAAAAUGAUUUAUCUUCUGAUAAUAACAGAAAAUUGAAUAUCAAUUCCGACCACUCCGAAAGGAAAAUUCUGGGCAGGCAUAAUGAAGCUUGUCAAAACCAUCAUAAGGUUACUCAAGUCACGGGUAAAAAAUCUAAUGGAUGCUCUGUCUCUGUUACUGCUGGUACCCAAGGAGUGAAGUAUAAGAAAACAAAGUUAACAAAUCCUAAGCCCUUCCGACUAAGAACUGAUGAAAGAGGAAUUCUUAAGGAAGCCAACUUAGAGAGAAGAUUAAAUUUUCUUCCUCCUUUGAAAGGAAUAACUACAGUUCCAAGCGUUACAAUUGUAAGUGCGCAAAGAAGGCACGGGCAAGGAGAUGAGCUACAGAAUGAGAAAUCCCAAAAACAACGUAAACAUGAAAAUUUUGCACUGGAAGGCAACAAAAAUCAAACAGACAGAAAUGUUCAAAAGAUUCAACUUCAAGGGAUGAAACCUGCAUACCAUAACACAUCAAACCUUUCAGCAGAGACAAAGAUGGCCUCAAUUGUGCCGAAGGUACAAAAGUUAGAAGAUGGCAGGGAGGUUACAGCCCAAAACCCAAAGAGCAGGACCAAACAGGCUAUGUCACCUUCGGUGCAGCAACAACGCAUCAGGACUCAAAGGGUGGCUUCAUUAAUGAAGAAAACUACUUCUCUAGCAUCAACGAAUCAGCUCAAUAUAACAAAAGAAACCUCAAAAAUAGUUUCACAACCAAAAGCAGCAGCGGAGUCCAUUGAGACAAGCACCACUAGUGCAAAGGCUGGUGCUGUCGGGUCUUCAACAAGGGGAAGAAGGCAUGCAACGAUUCCAAAGGAGCCGAACUUUCAUAAUAUUCAUAUACCAAAGAGUUGCACAAAGAAACUGGCAAAGGCAACCCCAUGAUGAUACAAUUUUUUUUUUUUUUUCUCACUUUGUGGUUCAAUUGUUUCAUUGAAUUCUCUUUGCGAGGUUGUAACAUGAUUUUGUAUUGUAUUAUUAGUGUAUUUAUGAUGAAGCUUUCAAAUGAUUAUAUAGUUUAUUAUUA